UUUCCAAGCAGGUGACGAAUUCAAAACGCAUGUCACCCCCCGAAGUCCUUCAACACUCCUUAAUAACUCAAUUCAGUCCCUCGCAAGACUUGAAGCAAGAUGCCUCAAACGGCGCUGGAGCAGCAACUGCUCAACUGUCCGAUCAUUUCGGUUAACGUCCGCGUGUGGCACUUUUGGUCAUUUUUGGUCAAACAUGACGCGAUGCGCUACAUCAGCAUCAUCCCAGUAGGCGCGAUGACGCUGCUCAUGUUUGCCGAUUUGUACCGAGCGUGGGGAAAUAUCGAGGAAGUCAUCAUCAACGCCUACUUUGCCGUGCUGUACUUUAACGCUGUGCUUCGAUGCUCGAUUUUGGUGGUGAAUCAUGACAAGUACGAAAAGUUUCUGAUGAACAUCGCACGGAUUUACAAGGAUCUUCAGCAAAUUGAGGAUCACGAGAUCAAAAGCCUACUUCAACGGUACACCAAGCGAGCAAGGAUGCUUUCAAUCGCUAAUCUUGGAUUAGGAGCCUUCAUCAGCACGUGUUUCGUAGUUUAUCCUUUAUUCGCUGGUGGUCGUGGACUGCCUUACGGAAUGUACAUUCCCGGAGUGAACCUAUUUGGGACGCCUCAGUACGAGAUCCUGUUCUUUCUGCAAGUUAUUCUGACCUUUCCCGGAUGUUGCAUGUACAUCCCGUUUACCAGUUUCUUCGCUUCGUGUACACUCUUUGGACUAGUUCAAGUCAAAAAUAUACAACAUCAGUUGAGAAAAUUGCGAAUUGAAGGACUCAAACCUUCCAAACUGAUUGAGAUCAUAAAAGAUCAUCAAAGAGUUAUUGACUACGUACACGAUUUGAACUCGCUGGUGACCUACAUCUGUUUGGUGGAAUUUCUGUCCUUCGGAAUGAUGCUUUGUGCGUUGCUAUUUUUGCUGAACAUUAUUGAACACCAGGCCCAGUUCGUGAUUGUGGCGGCGUACAUUUUCAUGAUAAUCUCGCAGAUUUACGCGUUCUACUGGCACGGCAACGAACUGCGCGAGCAGAGCAUGGCCAUCGCCAAAGUGGCGUACGGUGCUGCCCCCUGGCUGGAGAUGAAACCGGCGCUCAAGAAAAUGGUGCUGCUGAUUAUCCUGCGAGCCCAACGUCCGCUGGAGGUCACCGUUGGGAACAUUUAUCCGAUGACUUUGGAAGUGUUCACUUCGCUGCUUAAUGCGUCCUACUCGUAUUUUACGCUGCUGAGACGGGUUUAUGUGAAAUGAAAAGUGAAAAUUUCACUUGAAAACUCAUUUUAAAUUUAUCAAAAUGAAAUAAAAAUACAUGAUUUGCAAACCAUCAAAGGAUGUCAUUCGCU